UGUGUUGGGGAAGGGCUGUACGAACGAUCUUUUUCGUGGAUAAAUUUACAGAUUGAAUCCUGAUUUCUGUGAACAAAAACACCGCACCGUCAACAGUUGAGACAUUUGAGAGUGUUUGUUACAAUUUAAUUUUCAGUUAGUAAAGAAACGAAAAUGGAUCUCGUCACUAUUCUUCAGCAAACAGUAUCUCCUGAAACACAUGAAUUGGAAGUUGCGCAACAAUAUUUGGAGCAGGCUGCUCAGAAAGACUUUCCUCUCUACCUUUUGGAACUAGCCAAGGUCUUGGCUAACCCUCAACAUGACCCGGUACCUCGCAUGGCUGCUGGACUUCAGCUCAAAAACGCACUCACGGCGAAGUGUCCAGUAGCACGACUUCAAUACCAAGAGCGAUGGCUACAGCUUGAACCAGGCUUACGUCAGAACAUCAAGGAUUUGGUCUUGCAGUCACUAGGAACAGAAUCUCAGAGACCAAGUUCUGCCGCACAGUGUGUUGCCUGCAUCGCGUGCUCGGAGAUUCCAACCCAACAGUGGCCCAAUCUGAUCAAGAAUCUUGUAUUGAACGUCACCAAGACAACCAGCACAGAGUCACUCAAGGAAUCGACACUGGAAGCCAUCGGAUACAUCUGCCAAGAUAUCGAGCCUGAACACCUGGAGGCGCAGUGUAAUGAGAUCCUUACAGCCAUUGUACAGGGAAUGAGAGUAGAAGAAGAAAGCAAUGGGGUCAAGUUAGCUGCAACAACCGCUUUGCUCAAUUCACUUGAAUUCACAAAAGCAAACUUUGAAAAAGAGACGGAGCGCCAUUUUAUCAUGCAAGUAGUUUGUGAAGCCACACAGUGUAAAGAUGUCCACAUACGAGUAGCAGCACUACAGUGUUUAGUCAAGAUCAUGUCACUCUACUAUCAGUUUAUGGAAUCGUACAUGGGACCUGCUCUCUUUGCCAUUUCUGUUGAGGCAAUUCGGAGUGACAUCGAUGAGAUAGCGCUGCAAGGAAUUGAGUUCUGGUCCAAUGUUUGUGACGAGGAGAUGGAUCUUUCUAUCGAGGCAUCUGAGGCUCAAGAGGGGGGACGUGUUCCCGAGCACACAAGCAAGUUUUACGCCAAGGGUGCGCUGGAGUACCUGGUGCCAAUGCUUACACUUAAACUCACAAACCAGGAUGAGGGUGACGACGAUGACGAAUGGAACCCAUGCAAAGCUGCCGGUGUCUGUCUCAUGCUCCUUGCCAACUGCUGCGAGAACGAUAUCAUGAAGCACAUUGUUCCCUUCAUCAACGACAACUUUGAGAACAACGACUGGAAAAAGAGAGACGCUGCUGUGAUGAGCUUUGGGUCUAUCCUAGAGGGUCCAGAUCCUGAACAACUGAAGCCAUUGGUAACUGACGCAGCAGAAAAGCUCAUCGCUCGUCUGUCCGACGAGAGCGUCGUUGUGCGCGACACUGUGGCGUGGACGUUAGGCCGUAUCUGCGAGCUUCUUCCGGAGGCCGUCCUGAAUGACCAGAACUUCCCACCUUUGCUGAUCGCCCUGGUGGAGAGCUUAGAUGCCGAGCCGAGAGUUGCCGCUAACAUUUGCUGGGCUUUUUCCAGUCUGGCUGAGGCAGCUUAUGAGACGGCCAUUGCUGUGUUGCCCGACGGUGAGGAGCCUGAGACCUACUGCCUGUCGGGAAACUUUGAGGUCAUCGUCGAUAAACUUCUGAAGACCACGGAUAGAACGGAUGCACAUCAAGCCAACCUGAGAAAUGCUGCAUAUGAAGCCUUGAUGGAGUUAAUGAAGAACAGUGCACAGGAUUGUUACACAACUGUUCAGAAGACCACCUCAGUCAUCAUGGAGAGAAUAAGCAUAAUUUUACAAAUGGAGGCCCAAAUCCAGUCUGCGUCAGAUCGUAUGCAGUACAAUGAUCUGCAGUCAUUGCUAUGCGCUACAUUACAGAGUGUCUUAAGAAAGAUGAAGCGGGAAGAUGCCUUGAUUAUCUCAGACCAAGUGAUGACGUCCCUGCUCCAGAUGUUUAAGUCCAGUAACAUGAGGGCUGGUGGUGUACAAGAAGAUGCGUUGUUAGCCGUUGGAACUCUAGUAGAAGUUCUCGGAAUGGAUUUCUACAAAUAUCUGGAGGCCUUCAAGGUGCAUUUGUUCAUGGGCCUGGAGAACUUUGUGGAGCAUCAAGUCUGCGUAGUGGCCGUGGGACUCGUUGGGGAUAUUUGCAGGGCCAUGAACACCGCCAUCCUGCCCAUCUGUGAUGAAAUCAUGAAAUAUCUGCUCACAAACUUAAGGAAUGACCAAGUUCACAGGUCGGUUAAGCCACAGAUUCUCUCGGUGUUCGGAGACAUCGCUCUAGCUAUCGGUCCAGAAUUCAAGGUGUACCUUCCCCUGGUGUUGGAAACACUGCAGCAAGCGUCACAAACACAAGUGGACAAGAGUGAUUAUGACAUGGUUGACUGUUUGAACGAGUUAAGAGAAGGGUGUUUGGAGGCGUACACAGGCAUCGUGCAGGGUUUGAAAAGCGAUGAAAACAAAAGCAGUCCUGAGCUUGACUUGGUGUUUUCCCACGUGUCUUUCAUUAUCGCCUUUAUUGAACAGAUAGCUGCUGAUGAGGAUCACACAGACGGCAAUGUGGCUGCGUGCACCGGUUUGAUUGGUGACCUUUGUUCUACGUUUAAAAACGGCGUGGUUGAGCUCAUGGAUCGACAGUUAGUUCAAGAAAUCCUGACGGAAGGUCGAAGGUCAAAGGUCGGCAAGACAAAGCAACUGGCGCUGUGGGCCACCAGGGAGGUCAGAAAAGCCGCAACAAUGAAAAUAACCCAGUUCACGCCACCCCCAGCAAUGUGAUUGUUUACACACACUGGUGGCUUCACAAACAAACAAACAAACAACAUGAGAUAUAAUCACCUCAUGCCCUGCCAGCAGACCAAGCUGUGACGACGGACUGAUGGCGACGGCAAAAUAAAACCAAAUGGCCAUACAGUCAAAGCUGUAUGAUCAAGAGUGAGCUGAGUGUGAAUGAGUGAGCGGGAGGUGUAGUAUAAACUGAGUGAGGAUGAACUGUUACUAUGGUUACUGUGAGUCCAAAUAAACAAAAUGUGAGAGUUAAGGGCAAGAUUGUUUUCUCAUCUUGUGCGCUUUUGUGACUGAUCUGCAAAAGCGUACUGAGUGAGUAAGUGUUACUAUGGUUACUGUGAGUCCAAAAUAAACAAAGUUUUCUUUUUGGACCGAUACGUAAAGCGGUACUUAAAAUGGUACUGAGUGAGGAAUUGUUUCUAUGGUUUCUGUGUGUCCAAAAUAAACAAAAUUUGAGAGUUUGGGACAAAACAAAAUUUCAUCUAGUGCUCUUUUGUGACCGAUAUGCAAAAUGGUACUGGGUAAGGAAUUGUUACUACGGUUUCUGUGAGUGUAAAAUAAACAAAUUGUGAGAGUUAAGGGCAGGAUUUUUUCCAAUCUUGUGCCCUUUUGUGACCGAUAUGUAAAAUGGUACUACAAGCGGCACUGAAUGAGGACUGAAUAGAAAGAAAUAUAAUGUAUAUGUUUCAUUACAUUUAAUGAUGGAAUUUAUAAAACCUUGUGUUUCAAAUCUCUAGUAGCAAUUUUGAAGAAUUCCUUGGUUAAAACCCUGUGAGACUGCUUGUGUUGUGCGAUGAAGAAUUUCAAGUUUUUUUUCAAUGGCUUCUUUCAUUAGGCAAAAUUCAGAGAUGUCAUUCAAUAACGGACCUUGGCCCACUUUUAUGGGUCUGCUUACCAUAAGCGAAGAAUCAGCGCUUGCAGAAGCAGGGAAUUCUGCGCGUAUGGCAAGCGUGUUUCACGGGUUAGCAGGGAAUUUGCACUUGUGUUUGUGCGAACUCCACGUUACUAAGCAUUCUCUGCUUACACUGCUAGCGCAGAAAUUCGGUGGUUGCUGAGGAAGCAGAGAGUGAUGAUCAAUAAGAGCAGAAUUCGGCGGUAAGCAGAGCCAUGAAUUUGGUGAAUUUGGGCCCUGUUCUUAUGUGGAAAGUCUGCUUGACUUCUAAGAUUUGCUCCGACAAUGAAUUUAGUCCUAAAUACUAUUUUUUUAUAUGAGCAAAUCACAUGGAUCAAAUAACAUAAUAUAAACGCAACCAGAACAGAAUGAGGCAAAUCUUUUUUGGGGUGCCUAGUUUGAAACAGAUUUGAAAAAGUAAAGAACCGAAAAAGUAUGAAACGAGAAAAUUCUGCACAAGAUUCAAGUGACAAAACAUUUUGUGAAAUAUGUUGAUGUACUAGAGAGACUGGUUCGACAAAUUUACUGCAAGCCCGAUAAGGUCAAGCUUUUUUAACCCCCCUCAGUAAAAAUUAGUUCUAUAACGCUGUGAGGAAGAGGAAAAUGUGAAUUUGCACCAGAACAGUUUAUUGUGGAUUGAAGACAAUGACAGCUGGCAUUGAAACAUUAUACUGUUGUGCGUGUGUGCCGAGUAUCUGGCCAGGGUCCAAUUUCAUAAAGCCUGUAAGCAU